CACAGCGUUCCACCUCGUACCCACCACCUACUACCUUUCCAACACGUGCCAGCAUCGAAUUGACUUCCAUCGAAACUCCCAACCACUAUACAACACCAUGAGCUCUCCAGAGACCGAAGAAACCGAACCGAAAUUCGCCAACACCUCCGGCAACGGAGAAAUCCCCUCCUUCAAUGGAGACGAGCAGGCAAAGGCUACCGAUUUCGCCAAUUAUUUCUGCUCGUAUGCCCAGCUCUAUCACCAAAAGCAGAUGCUUGCCGACCACAACCGAAUGGCGGCCUACCACUCGGCAAUCCUGGGGAAUUCGGACGUCUUCAAGGACAAGGUGGUCAUGGACGUGGGAACCGGAUCGGGGAUUUUGUCCGUCUGGGCGGCCCAGGCCGGAGCCCGCAAGGUCUACGCCAUCGAAUACACCGACAUGGCGAAGCACGCCCGCCAGGUCAUGAAGGCCAACGGCGUCGAAGACAUCGUGACCGUCAUCCAGGGGGCCGUCGAGGAGAUCAAGCUCCCCAUCGAAGAGGACUCGCUGGAAUCGGACUGCCCCGAACACCCCGAGCGCGUAGUGGACAUUGUGAUCAGCGAAUGGAUGGGUUAUUUUCUUCUGAGGGAGAGCAUGCUCGACUCGCUGAUCCGGGCCCGCGACAAAUACCUGAAACCGGCCACGGGAUUGAUGUUCCCCUCCCACUGUACGAUGUACGUUGCCCCCGUGAACGACGAAGAAGAACGGCGAAUCAACUGCAGCGACCAYGCGGCAACCAUGUCCGACUGGGACGAAUUCCAGGAGACRACCAAGCAGGUCUACGGCGUCAACAUGGAGGUUCUGAAAAAAGACUUUGACAAGGAGCAAAGGGACUACUUUUUGUGGAGCAGCCGGUGGCGCGAGCUGCCGCAAGAAUCCGUCCUUGCGAACCCCAAAGCCAUCAAGUACUACGACAUGAUGACGUGCACCGUGGAGGAUUCGAAGGGGGUCCAGGCGAGCGAGGAGCUGAGCUCGUUCGAGUUCGGCGUGAGCGGGGACCGGAAGCAGGGACCGAUAUCGGGCAUCGCCGGGUGGUUCACCUCCGACUUCAAGUCGAGGACGGACGAGGGAGGCGGCGACGCGCCGAAGCUGUCGGCCCCGGCCUUCCUCUCGACCGGGCCGGAAAACGGGUACACGCACUGGGGCCAGCAGGUCUUCUACUUCCAAUCGGGGAUCCCACUGAUGAAGGGCCAGACGACCCACCUGAAGGGGGGGCUGGAAAUGACGCGCACCAAGGAAAACGCCCGGCUGUACAACUGCCGCAUCAAGCACACCGCGACGAGAACCGCCAACGAGAGCGGGAACGUCUUGAUGAGCAGCGGCGAGUCGGAGCAGGUGUACAUGAUUCCGUAGACCAACCACCUCGGAAGCGACAAACGAAGAUAAAAACCAUACCGAGGCAUGCCACCCGCUCGUACCACACAAAAUCACAGCACAGCACAUCACAUCACAGCAGAGCACAGCACGUCACACCACAGCACACCACACCACAGCACGUCACACACAUACUCAAAAUUUUCGUCGUCAUUCAUGUCUAAAUACAGCACACAGUAACCA